AUGUCGAUUCCGGGAGCAAUGCCGGCAGACUCCACCGCCGUCGACUCGCCGGGUGCCCGCCUAACGGACCAGGGCUCCGGUGCGACAAUAGCAGCGCCCCUUUCGAGACGAGGCCGCGGGCCGGGACUGCUUCUCCUCGUCGAUGCGGGGCUCGACCUCGGAAAGCACGAGAAGACGUUGGAUCCGCCGCCGCUGCACAAAUGGGCCGAGGAGGGGUUCGCCGUCGCUCAGCUCGAGAUCGCCAGCUCGGCGGGACGCACCUCGGUGAGUGCCGAUCUCCGGGCUGCGAUCUCUGCGUUGUCGGCGUUGCCAUCGUGCGACCAAUCCGAGAGGAUGGGCAUCAUCACCUAUAUGUCUGCCGUGGGGGCCGCCGUGAUGGAGGCAAUUGAGAGUUGUGCAGAGAUCUGCGCUGUGGUCUACUACGGGGUCUCGCCCCCGAGCCUUGUUAGCGGCAAGCUUGCGUCGAUAGCGCACAUCGCCGGCGCUGGAAGCGGCGACGAGGUGAGCAGCGACGGCCAGAACGUGAAGUGCUACUACUACGCAGGCGCGGGGCCGCGGUUCGCCAUCCCGGCGCACGACCACUACCGCUCCGGGUCCGCCUCGCUGGCCCACACGAGGACGCUGUCGUUCCUGAAGCCGCUCGUCGGCGGGCCCUACUUCGACCUGGAGCGGAUCUGGGACGAGCACACGUACUGGGAAUUCGAGGCGCGGUCGGUCGAGGAGACGAUGGCGACGAUGGUCGAGGAGCCCUACGUCAACCACGUGCCGACCCUGACCGGAGGCGUCGGGCGUCGGGCGCUGACCGACUUCUACGCGAACCACUUCAUCUUCAGCAACCCGCCCGACACGGAACUCGAGCUCGUAAGCAGGACGGUGGGCAUCGACCGCGUCGUCGACGAGUUCCUCUUCAAGCUGACUCACGACCGCGUCAUCGAUUGGCUGGUUCCCGGCGUGCCGCCCACGGGCCGGUACAUAAAGGUCCCCUUCACGAGCAUAGUCAACAUACGCGGCGACCGCCUCUAUCACGAACACAUCAGUUGGGACCAAGCGACGCUACUCCGACAACUGGGCCUCCUCCCAGACUACCUCCCGUUCCCGUACCCCGUCUCCGGCGAGGCGGCAGCAAGCGCUGCUAGUUGGGAAUACCGUCUUCCGGUAGCAGGAGUCGAGAGCGCAGAGAAGCUUGCCAGCCAGAGCUCAGUGGUGUCGAACACGAUGCUGGGAUAUGGGUGCAGGGGGCCGAACGGGCCAAGCGAAUCCGGUUAGGUCGACGAUCGGAGGCCCAUGAGCGAUGAGUUAUUUAAAUGAAUACAGGGACCUAACCGUAUGUUCGGCGUACGCAGAGGAAUCGAUCGACUUUCAGAGGCAGUCUAUGCGAGGAGAGAGAUAAACUAGAUGAUGGAGAAGCCAAAGACACGCACGGUGCAUUGCGAGAAGUCUACGCACGGUGCUACACAUGUUGUCCAAUGCUUCGCUGCUGCCAAGCCGAUCCCCGGGUUUUGAGUCGAUGCUUCAAUUUCGGGCACGAUGCUCUCGGCAUUCCGAAUUCGACUUUUGCCCACGCGAGGUGAUGUGUAUGAACGCUGGUCAAUACCUUAAUGAAUCCUCAAUUCCCCCCUUGCUACCGCCCCUGAGCCCGCUAUUCGCAUCAUCAAUUGAUAAUCAAGCGACUGAUAUCGAUGGAGAAUUGACUGCUUAUACCUACCUAUACUUACUUGGCUGCCCACAUGUGUGCGGUGUGUGAAUACUUGACAGAGCUACACGAAUUCUAGACAGGAUUCUCUUCCUUGUCCACCUUCGUCUAUCCGACACAAGUUCCCUGACCGGCCACCGAAAAAGAAAAUAA